AUGGCUGACGCAAACUUCGACCGUCCUACCGGUACCACCGACUUCGUCCUGACUGUAACGCCCCGCGAACAAUGGCGCCAGCCCAUUAAACCGACUGACGGCUUGUGUGCCGCCGACACUGGCGACAGCUGCAAUAUCAUUACGACGCCAUACGCCAACUGGAUCCCGGAAUUCCCGCGGAUUUCGGAACACCAUAUCGUCACGUUCGAGGACGGCCUAUGGGGCCCCCAAGAAUAUACUCGAUGGCCGCAACUGUACAACACGAACUCGAUACAUCAUGCGUGCAUCCCAACUAGAGGCUCGCCCUGGGCUCCAGGAGACCAGGUCUACGACGGGUUCGGAUACUACGCUUGGGAAGAAGACAAGUCUUGCGGCAUAUCCGCCUUCGGGUUCUUCAAUGCGGACGUACUUGGACAGCUGAGCGACAUCGCGACCUCAGUGAUUGCUCGAUACGAAGACGCGGAACGCUCGGCUCAGAGUCGUGACCGGCUCGCAUGGUUUGGACAGGCCUUGGUGGAUAUACGGCUCGGUACGGUUCUCUCCCUCUUAUUGAGAAGUGCUGUAGAACACCUCAAAACGCUGCCUACUACUCGCCUCCACGCCCUUGUCACCGGCCGCCUGGCGCACCGCCUCAUCUUGGAGCUCUGCGGUCUCACUAUCUAUCACAACGAGGUCGCCGCGCGUAUGGCCGACGCGAAGUCCCAACGUUACCGCAUCCUUCCAGUUCUCGGCGCCUUUGUGCGCUCGGUGCCUGCCGCCCAGCUUUUGCAUCGCCUGGGGAUUCCGUUUUGGCUCAUACAGCCGUGGACGCGCGACGUCAUCAUACAGAAGGUCGUGGAGCCCCGCAGGUGGUCACAAACGCUCAACUCGAGCCCAGCGUGGCCCAGGGUCCCCAAAUCAUGGUACGACCCCGACGGGACCCAUCAAGAUCCCGGGAAGUGGACGCAACCAUCGGUCUUGUUCGUUAGCAACUUGCUUUGCUCGUCCGCAUUGCCGAAGCUCCACGCUGUGGCUCGCACGGAGGAGGUAGAGCGAGACGCGAAGCGAUUCAAGGGAGACGAUGGAGCCUUUACUGUGCUCCCGAAGCCCCACGACGUGCGCCCGACCACGCACAACAGCAAGAAAAGGGGCCACAAAUCUCGGGGCAAGCGGUCUGGGGCAAAGCCAUCAGAGCCCCAUCCAGCCACAACCUUCCAGCCACCAAGCACUGACGUCGUCGAGCUUAGCCCGAACUGGCGCACCGCUUUGACCGGGGUCUCCCCCUUGCCCUUUCCGCCACCGGUCGCCCUCGAAUACUUUCUGCCCCCGCCUUUUGUGAUCGAGAACGCGAAGACGAACAAAGCCCGAUACCUCCAUAACUUUGCCCGGAUAUGGCAGUUCUGCAAGCUCCGACUCAUUGAUUCUUCGAUUGACGGGGCGCCAUUGCGAAUCGCCGAGUGGCGCCACGCCCUUUACGGAGAUUAUAACUGCGAUGCCAUCGAAGAGCGUCAGCGGAAGAAUACCAAGCAGGCCAUCGGACCUCAAUCUGAUCGGUUGGGGAAUGGUCUAGCCCUCGACCAAGGGCCGUCGAACGGAGACGCUCAGAGCGCUUCAACGGCAGGGGACCGCAAGCCGGAGUGGCAUGUUGAACGACGGGAAGCUGUCCGCGCACUGUUUGCGAAGGGCGGAGGCUUGGUGUCCUACACAGACACCCAACAUGCGAUGUACCGAGGUGUCGAGGUGAGCCUUGACCGGGCAAAAACCGACGAGGAGUACCUUCGCCUCGUCAUCUGGGAGCUUUACGAAGCCAAUUGGCGCUGCGAACUCAGAGCGCUCGACAGCCGCCUGGUCGAUUACUCGGGCGAUGCGUUCCGCAAGUGGGAGCGCGAACAGGUCGUUUCUAGUGUCUGGCAUACGCCAUCCCAGCAGUCCGCCGUCACGACGGUUGACGUAGGCGAGCCCGUGUAUUGUUGGUUCGCCGCUGGUCAGGACGGCUGGCUGGGUCGUCGCGGAAACUUACGUGCCUUCGUGGACGUCAUGAGUUUGUGGCCCAAUUUCCCGGAGUCGUUACGGGCUGACAAGGACGCUAUCGCGACAUGUGAGAAGACGCAUGUGUUCGAUGAUAUUGAGGUGCGAGCGAUCCGGUUCUACGUACAGAGCUUCACCGAACAGUUCCAUCGCCUGCCCUGCCCACCUGUACGCCUCGUCACCCCUCCGCUCCCGUAA